AUGGUCAGUUUUUCCUGCGAUAAGUGUCAGAAUGUGUUUACGAAGCCCAAGGUUUUGCGGCACUUAUCGAGCUGUCGGACCGAGACAGUGAGUUGUAUUGAUUGCGGGGUUGUGUUCGACAAGAGAAGCGUGCGUGGUCAUCAAUCAUGCAUCUCGGAGGCUGAAAAGUACGCGCCCAAAAACCAUGCAAGUACGAAAAGCACCCCAAGCUACUGUGGUAUUUGCAAGCUGGCUCUCAAUGGCGCGGUACACUCGCUGCAACACUACGAAAGCAAGAAACACCGCGCUGUAGAAAGGAGGAUGAAGGAAACUGAGAAGAACGCAAAAAAGGAAACUCGGUCAGUUCCAACUGUCGCUUCGAAAGACAGCGAAGUGGCGCCGCCUCAAAAUGGGAUUUUGAAGCCAUCUGCGGUUGAGAGAGACUCGACAAGCCGCACAGAUGGGAUUAAAGUACAGAAGCGUUUGGGCGUUAAGAAAGCGAUGAAGAAAGUUUUGAAAGCAGCACCCAAACAGAGGCUAAAGCGAGACCGACUCGUGCGUGCGGUAAAGACGCUGCUCGGGCAGGAUUCACCUGCGGACUUGCCUGAAGUCGUUGAUAAGAAAACUAACACUUCUGCGCGAUUUGAGGUUCGGAAAGGAAGAGUGACGUUGGUAUCCCCCGCGAAGAGAUAAAAGCGAAAUACUGCCACUACGAAACGCAUCGUAAGGAAUACCGACCGAUUUCCCGGCUCAUCGCGACAGUCUAUCCUGAGGAAGCUGCGGAGGAAAACAAGAACACUGGGGGAGAGCCAAUGGCAUUCGUCCGGAUUUCUACAGAAAGAAAUUGUGAUAGUUUGUAUAGAAUGUUCGCGCUUUGCCUACCUUCCAUGUCCUCCGCACCUUGCCAGAGCAUGCCAAAUAAUGUUGACAGGGACGCAGAGCAUGUGUUGUUCACGUCGAUUCGUCGACAAUUAUCAAUACUCAUUCGGUCAUCACUAAGAUACAGUAUCGGCAUCAAGGCCUAUCGAUGAGAGAGGCAGGAGUGUCGGGAUGUUAUGAGAUCCUGGUAGAAUGCAGACCAAAGCCCUCCUGCAACAGUAUUCACUAAGACCCUGCAACGCGGCUCGAACGUCAUAGCUGCUACCAAGGAGAUUCUUCCAAGCUCCUACAGUACCUGCCCAUCACGUAAAGAACCCUUGAAGCUUCUGACGAAGCGUAGUUUGCAAAG